AUGGCAAGGGCUCUUGUCAGUGCUUCUCUGGGUGCCGUUGCUUUGUUGGCAACGGCAUCUAUCCUGACUCUUGAAGUCGUCGUAGCUCAAGGGCUUUGGGGAUCACCCUCCCCAGCUAAAUUCGCUGCAAUUGUCGCCUCAGCGUUCGAAAUAAUAAUAUUGAUAUUGCUAAUUAUCCUUUUUACUAAAUGUGUUGGACGGGGAAUGGAGUUUGGUAGAAGAAAGUCUAAUGGGAUCUGGUUCGCGUUGGGACUUAUUGGAAGUGUAUUGGCAUCGGCUGCAUCGGUUGUGAUGCUGGUUACGUUGGGAAGACCGGAGGGAUUACCUAAAACGAUAUUACAAACGCCAUUGACGAAUUGGCGUAUCGGAACUUCAAUCACACUUGUUAUUGCUUUCGUGGGACAGCUCGCUUUUAUCGUCGUCUAUUUUGUCGUCCACAGGUUGCCCGACUCGGAACAGGCGCUGUCACUUCACACUAAUGAGGAUAGCUCUCGACAGCUGCCGAGGCAUGUGAAAUCUAUUCCUUACAGUCGAACGGUGCCUGCUACGAGCCAGACUACGAUCGGGAAGCGGACACCGACGGAUUAUCCAACGCCACCGGGCUCGAGCGCUGGCAAGUCGAUGGCUGAGACUAUGAGUUCAAUCCGUACCUCUGUUUCUCAGGCCGUACGCCCGAUUGGAGCUCAUACUAGAUUACUUUCCUCGGGUUCAAGAACUGGGCGCCGUCCAGCUUCUAUUGACUCAAAUGGUUAUCGAGAGCGAGCGAGCGUGACCGUAUCGGAGGAUGGCUUUGAUUCUUGGGAUACUUCCUCAGUCGAUACUCAGAACCGGCAAUUAAUCGUGGAGACAAGCCCGCCCAUCCGAUCAGGUAGAUUUUUGGAAACUAUUCCCGCGAGCCCGACAACUAGUAGAAGCCCGAGUCCUGGAAACGCUUUGGACUUCGAACCUCCAAACCCAAACCGUAAUCGUAGAAGCCGGAGUUACAGCCCGCUCCCUAGGCCACCACAACACGAGCGUAGCAUGACGCCUCAAUCUAUAUCAGGCGAGCUACAUAUUCAUCCGCUCUUCCGAUCUGAUUCUCCAGCACCACCAGCGGUCACUCCUGGAACGGUGGUUAUUGCAGCGCCCAAUGCAGGACAGACAAUAUCAGAGAAGUCUCUCACUCGAAUGCGUAGUAGCAGUUUAAUAGCGGGCUCCGGGCCCCUUAGCCGGCAAGGCAGUUAUGACAGCUUCCGGAAGACACCGAGCCCUAAUACAGAUCGCCUUCGUGUAGAGGAGCUAGCUGUAGAGAGAAAAAUGACGCCCCCGAUUCCUGACUGGAUUCUGAAUGCCGGAUCAACGACAAGCUUGUCCGAUUAUCAGGUCAAGAAAUAG